UAAUGAAACCAGUGAGAUGAUAAAAAUCCCAACAAAUUGGAUAAAAAAUUACAAGAAGAAAAAAAUAUGAUAAAAUUGCAAAUAAUAAUAGAAUAAUUUUAUUAGUUAUAUUGUAAAAAAUUAGCAAAAAAAAAAAAAAAUGGAGAGAAAUAAAUUUAUUUUAUUCUUGAUUGUGAUGAUAAUUGGAAUGAUUGUAGUUGAAGGAAGUAAUAGAACUUUUUAUUCAAAACGUAUAAUAAAAAAAAAAUUAACAUCAAAGACCAUAAAGAAAGAUUUGAAAACUUUGAAAAAGCAAGAAGGUGCUCUCAAACUUGUGGACGGAGAUAGAGGCAUAUUCGAAGGUAAUGUUGAGAUUCUUCAUAAUGGAAAAUGGGGAAAUAUUUGUGAUGAUGAAUGGGACGAAUUGGAAGCAAAAGUCGUUUGCAGACAAUUGGGCUUUGAUAGAGCUUUAAGGCCCACUACAAAUGGUCAUUUUGGACAGGCAAGAAGAAGGUUUUGGAUGGAUAAUUUAUAUUGCGAUGGAACAGAAGAGGAAUUGUCACAAUGUCGAUUUGAUGGAUGGAGUAAGACUGAUUGUAAAAGUGGAGAAGCGGCAGGUGUUAUCUGUAUGAAUGACAAAGGGGAAAUUGCGUCAGAGACAACUUUGAAUUUUGUCCAAUUACCUAAGAUGAAAAUUAAGGAUCUUCAUCAGCGAGGGAUGGCCAUUCGAUUAACUGGAGGUAGUUCACCCAACGAGGGAAGAAUUGAAAUUAACUUGGGAAAUCCAGAAGGCUGGGGUGUUGUUUGUGGAGAUGGAUGGUCUCUUUUGGAAGCUGGUAUGAUUUGUCGUCAGCUUGGACUUGGUUACGCAGCAGAGGCAAUUGAGAAAAAUUUUUUUGGGGGACGACAAUUUCCAAUGGUCCUCAGUGGCAUUGAAUGUCAAGGAAAUGAAAGAAAUUUAGCUGAAUGCCUACACGACAAGGUUGUAGAUUGUCCAGGUCCAGGAGAGAAUGUGGCAGGUGUUGUUUGCACACGAGAAAUAGCAGAUCUCGUUUUUGAUCAUAUUGAAUUGAUGAGAACAGCUCAUUUGGAGGACAGACCUCUUUAUUGGUUGCAAUGUGCAAUGGAGGAAAAUUGUGUUGCAUCGCGUGCAUAUAAAAUACAACGCGAAUCAAAUACAUGGCAUUUGGAAACAAGACGAUUAUUACGUUUCACAGCGAGAACAUUAAAUGCUGGUACAGCUGAUUUUCGACCAUCAAUACCAAAACAUCUUUGGGAAUGGCACAUGUGUCACAUGCAUUAUCACUCAAUGGAGGUGUUUGCGACCUUUGAUAUAAUUGACUCUCAUGGUAGACGAGUUGCGGAGGGUCAUAAAGCAUCCUUUUGUCUCGAAGACAAUCAAUGUAUGCCAGGGGUUCAACAAAAAUAUAAAUGUGCAAACUAUGGCGAUCAAGGAGUAUCAGUGAAUUGCAGUGAUGUUUACAAGUAUAAUAUUGACUGUCAGUGGGUUGAUAUUACUGAAUUGGAACCUGGAGUUUAUACUUUCAAGGUUGCUGUCAAUCCUGAAUUUAAAGUGGGUGAAAUGUCGUUCGACAAUAAUGCCGCUGUUUGCCAACUUCUCUACACCGAAACCUUUGCUUCUGUUCACAGUUGCGUUAUGGCUCGGCCCUAGUUUAAUUAUUUUAAUUUAAUUAUAAUAAUUAUAAAUAUUCACUAAUUCAAAUAUAUAUAUAUAUAAUUUAAUAAAAUAAAAUAUAUCACUGAAACGAGCGCUCGUUAGAAAAUGCUUUAACAAUAUUU